AGGAUUCGCAGGAAGGGUGGAGUCGGAGAAGAAAUUAUGGCCACGUAAUUUUCAGAAUUCAAAUACUGAUGUUCCAAUCAGUUUACAUGUAUUAAUUCGUCAAUUCUAGUUCUGGGGCCUAAAAAAAAAGCGGGCCUAUCUCCGUAUCCCUGGAAGCCCGUUGUCAUGGUUCCAAGACGCCUCCCGCCCAUUAGCCGGUCACGUGACCAGGUAGCGAAAUGGCUGCGCCCGGGGAGCUCCAGUCCACGAGGUGUCCAGAACCGAUGGCAGCAAUAGCGGCGUCUGCAGCCGGUCCAGGGACUCGGGCCCCGGCAGCCCUGGCCCUGCGGGUGGUGGCCGAGUGCGGCCGCAGCAAGGCGAGGGCAUGUGAGCUGCGCCUGCCGCAUGGCACCGUGGCCACACCAGUAUUCAUGCCCGUGGGGACGCAAGGAACUAUGAAGGGAGUCACGGCCGCACAGCUGGAGAGCUUGGGCUGCCGCAUCUGUCUGGGUAACACGUACCACUUGGGCAUGAGGCCGGGUCCUGGGCUCAUACAGAAGGCAGGUGGGCUGCAUGGCUUUAUGAACUGGAACUGGAAUCUGCUCACGGACAGUGGUGGCUUCCAAAUGGUGUCUCUGCUGGCUCUGUCUGAGGUGACAGAGGAAGGAGUGCGAUUCCGAUCCCCAUAUGACGGCGCUGAGAUCCUGCUGAGCCCGGAGAAGUCUGUGGAGAUUCAGAAUUCGCUGGGCUCAGACAUCAUGAUGCAGUUGGAUGAUGUGGUCAGCAGCACUCUGACAGGCCCUCGGGUGGAGGAGGCCAUGCACAGGUCCAUCCGCUGGCUAGAACGGUGCAUCUCAGCCAAUCAACGACCUGACCAACAAAACCUAUUUGCCAUCAUCCAGGGUGGCCUGGACCCUGUUUUGCGGAGCAAGUGCCUUGAAGAGAUGACCAAGAGGGAUGUGCCAGGCUUUGCCAUUGGGGGUCUGAGUGGGGGUGAGAGCAAGGAGCAAUUCUGGAAGAUGGUGACACUGAGCACAGACCACCUGCCUCGGGAGAAGCCAUGCUACCUUAUGGGUGUUGGCUAUGCUACUGAUCUGGUGGUCUGCGUUGCCCUGGGUUGUGACAUGUUUGACUGUGUCUUCCCCACACGCACGGCGCGCUUCGGAUCUGCCCUUGUACCCACGGGGAACCUGCAGCUGAAGAAAAGCAGUUUGCAAAGGAUUUCCGACCCCAUUGAUGAGGCUUGUACGUGCCCAACCUGUCAGAGGCACACCCGGGCCUUCCUCCAUGCCUUACUACACACGAACAACACAGCUGCCUUGCAUCAUGUCACUGUGCACAACAUUGCUUACCAGCUGCGGCUGAUGGAUGCUAUCCGGACCAGCAUCGUGGAGCACCGUUUCCCAGACUUCGUUAGGGACUUCAUGAAGAACAUGUAUGGGGAGUUCGGGCGCUGCCCAGCCUGGGCUGUGGAGGCCCUUGAGUCAGUUGGCAUCCCUUUAAGCUGACCACCUAUCCCAGCCCCCAAGCAGGGCUUUGCUCCUUGGGGAGUUGGCGCUGGGGGGACAGGAGCAUUGCCUCCAGGACUUAAAGCCAAGGUCCUGUGUGAAGGAGUCUUUCUGUGUUAGCCCCAGGCCCCAGAGUAAAGACUGGGGCCUUUGUUUUCUUCCUUCCUUCCUUCCCUUUCUUUCUUUCUUUGUCCCUUCCCCCCCCUUCUUUUUCCCACAACAUCUCUGUGUUUGUGCAGGUUUCUUUGUUCUCCCUCCCUGCUCCCCCAAGGGGAGGCAGAUCUCGGUCUGUUCCACCCACAGCCACUCUACAAGAAAGCUAUGUUUUGCAUGACUUCACAUGCAUAAUUGAUGUCUUAUUGCUUGUCUUCUCAGUGGGUG